GGAGCUUUCUGGUAUUUCUUUUCAAUUCAACGAGAAACAUCAUGUUGGCACCGAGCAUGUAUGGAGCAUAGUACAAGUGAGUGCAAUUUUUAUUGCAAGCAAGACAUUUCUUCUAGAAAUAUGACAUUCAUUAGUUCUCUAGAUGAAUUUUGUCUUGUUGAUGUUCCGGCAAAUGCGACAACACCAUUUGAUUUCGGAAUAUUUCUUGAUUCCCUUAAGAGUGGCAACACAGGGCAUAUAAAUUUCGCAAAGAAGUUCUUUUACUCUUUUUGGUGGGGACUACGAAAUCCUAGCAACUUUGGGACAAACUUGGAAACAAGUACCUAUGUGUUGGAAAACUGCUUUGCGAUUCUUAUAUCUGUUGUUGGCCUGCUUCUUUUCUUAUAUCUCAUUGGAAAUGUACAGACAUUUAUAUCGAUGGAAACUGAAAAAUCAGAGGAGAGAAGAAAAAAGCUACUCUUGACAGAGAUGGAUAUACAACUGUGGAUGGACAGAAAUGGUCUGGAUAAAGAGAUAAAGAACGAAAUCAAGGAAAUUGUAAAAAAAAAAUCGGAGAAAAUUAAAGAUGUUGAUAUGGAGAACCUAUUCUAUAUUCUCCCAACGGCAAACCGAAUAUCUCUGAAGCGAGCUCUGUGCAUGGAUAUACUAAGGAAGGUUCCCUUGAGGCUUAAGGCUAUGGAAAAGAAACCAGAGGAGAAUAAAGAGACCAUACAAGAAAAAGUGUUGACGAGCAUUUGUGACUUUCUGAAGCCAGUGAUCUACCCGGAUAAUAGAUUUGUUUACCGCAUGGGAGAACCACUUGAUCGCAUGCUCUUAAUCACAGAAGGUUUAAUAUGGACAUAUAACACCACCAGUAUCAGUAGGAGCACCAGUAGUGGUAGUACUAGACAAGAUGAAGGCCAAGGAACAGGUUCAACGUCCCUUAGGAAAGUAAUGUUUACGGCGAUGAACUUCUCAGUUGGGCAUCUGAUAGUCUUAAAUCUUUGGACAACCUUCCUAUGUUGAAAGCAAAUGUCAAAGCUCAUGGAAAAGUAGAAGGAUUUAUUCUUAUGGCUAAGGACUUGAAAGUUGUAGUCGACAAAUACAAAAUCUAUUGGCAUUUCCGCGAUUCUCAGGUAGGACAGGAGGUGGCAUGUCAAGCCAUUCAAAAAGCUGUCCGCCAAUUCAAGCAGCAGCCUAAGAAAGAUCAACAAAAGGUCCCCCAAUCGGAUCCUGCGAAAGUACUUGAGGGUCCACCAACACCGGCAGUCAUGGCCCCUCCACCGGAGGCUGCAGUAGUACUCGAGGUUCGAUCAGAAGACACAACAACAGUUGGCAGUAAAGUCCCUUAAGGGACUGGUUGUGUUGUGUAAACAUUGUGGCACCCCUAGCCUCCUUCCUUCAUUGUGAAUUUCUGAUCGAUGCAGCCAGCCAUUACCAAAUUAAUGAGUGCUUAAGAGACCGCGCGGAAGUAAUUGUUUGUGUUUUCAGCAAUAAUUUUAUGUAUUCGAAUAAAUUUCAGAUUUUUGACUUUUCAAGCAUAUGAAAAAUGUAUUUUGGUUUUGUUUGAGAUUGCUUAUGUAGAAGUUCAUUUAGCUCUACAAGAUUAUAUGUAUUGAAGUUCUAUUUAGUUCAAAUCCAC